AACCUUAACCCCGCCCGGCGGGCCCAGGCGCGGGCGGGACCUCGGCCCUAAGUAGACCCUCGGGGCGGUCACCGCGAUGAGCCCGGAAAGAGCUGCCCACAGCAGGUCCCCCGAGGUCGCGCCGCCGACGUUCACGCUCGUCGCCCCCGCGCUCUUCCUCGGCAACGCGCGCGCCGCGGGCGCCACGGAACUGCUGCAGCGCUCGGGUAUCACGUUAUGUGUCAACGUCUCCCGCCUGCAGCCCGGCCCCAGCGCGCCCGGAGUGGCCGAGCUGCGGGUGCCCGUUUUCGACGACCCGCACGAGGACCUGCUGGUGCAUCUGGAGCCCACCUGUGCCGCCAUGGAGGCCGCGGUGCGCGCCGGUGGCGCCUGCCUGGUCUACUGCAAGAACGGUCGCAGCCGCUCAGCCGCUGUCUGCACUGCCUACCUCAUGCGAUACCGCGGCCUCUCCCUGGAACGGGCCUUUCAGACUGUCAAGAUCGCCCGCCCGGUAGCCGAACCCAAUCCGGGUUUCUGGUGUCAGCUCGAGAAGUACGAGCAGAUCAUCCAGGCCCAGGCCCGCCAGGCCCGGGAGCCCGCUGACCCCGGAAGCGCGCGACAUGGACCCCAGCCAGCCGCGCGGUAGCCUUCAGAAGCCGGGCGGGAAGGGCGUUUGCUAACGAGAGGCGGGACGUGCCCUGGUCACCGCCGCGGCUGGGCUCCACUUCCCCCAAGCCGCGUCUUCCCGAAGUGCAGUUUAAAGGAGGGGACUGGGAAUCCGCUGCCAAGACCGACCAUCUCUUCCUCUCAUCCUUGGUCAGCUUCGUUUGUUCGUAGGUUUUGGUCAAAUCUAAACCAGAGGUGGGGACGGGGACCGGAUCCCAGCUGCCAGAACUCCUCCUGCCCUUUCCCAGCGCUGAGCGCGGGACCCACAGCUGAGGGCAUGCGCUGCUCAGGCCUGCUGGAGCCUCAGUGCUUAGGGAGGCAGGACUUGCUGGAGCCUCAGUGCUUAGGGAGGCAGGACUUGCUGG